UAGGCAUUUCCUGUUUUGUUUUUACAUGUGUUACUUGAAUGUCAAACCAGGUAAUAGAAAUGACCUGUCAGUAGUUACAGUCGACACUGACACAUACUUUAAUGCAAAAAUCUGAAGAGGCCCAAGUUUCAACCAUGUCUGCACCACCAAACAAACAAGAACGACAAAAAUGUUACGUAGCCAGGGACGCUCAUUUCAAGUGUCUGGAAGAACACAAUGAUGAUAUAUAUAAAUGUACAGCUACGUUAGCAGAGUUUGAGAAAAAUUGUCCUAAAAUGUGGGUAAAGCACUUUGAACGGACUCGGGAGCGACUGCUGUUAGACAAAUUAAGACAACAGGGAAGGGCAGCUUCGAAUUCAUGAUAUUUAUUAAAUUAGACAAUCAUCUUUGCUCUACUUCUUACAUCAUAGAAAACGUUUUACACAGAAAAGGAUCUUCAGUAUGUGAGGGACCUUAGAAUUAACUGGUUGUGUUGAAGUAUGACAACACACCUAAUAUAAGUCAAAUUGCGAAAAUGAAGGAAAGCAGUUAUUCUUUAGCAUUGAAAACAAAACAUUGCCUAUGGACCUAAAAUCAGAGCAUGCUGAAUAUACUGUGAGAUUCUUACCCAUUUCCUCAUCUUGGACUGCGAACUUGAAGCUGGAUUUUGUUGACAUUACAAAGAGGGUCAUGUGUCUAAAAACAUGAUUUCCAAGGAAAGUUGACACAAAUAAAUGUGUUUGUACAUGUAUAUGUUUUAAAAAUAAUUUUUUCAACUCUUUCAUUAGAGGCCCAUCUAGCACAAGGUCUAGAAAUAUUGUCAAAGAAGGGUACUGUAAAAUCGUACAUUUUUGUGAGGCUAAAAGUUAGCUAUCAUUUAAAGUGGAAUUGAUUUAUGUGGUAAAGUAUUUGAUACAUAUCCAACGUCUUAAAUAAAAGAAUUUGAUAACACUUCCAUCACAAGUAUUCAAUAUACUGACAAUAGGUGAAAAUAAAUCCCUCACAAAAAUGUACGAUUUUACAAUAUUCUUAAGGAUGUGAUACAUAAAUGAAGAAAAGUAUUAUAAAAACAAGAAGAAUGUUUCAUAAUUAUAUUUACAAUUAUUAUUUACAUGAUGUAAAACAUUAACAAAUACUUUGCAGUGAUACAUUUUAUAAAUAACGAUACCU